UAAAUUGCAAUAGACGAGAUACUUGAAAAAUAAAAAUAAAAAGGUUUUGUUGACAGUCAAGACAAUUUAACUAGGCGGUGGUAGGCUAUAUUAAAUUAGCUAACGAUUACCGGAGAUGUGCAGUUGUGUAACUUAAAGACCCUGUCAAGGGAUUUAAGUGAUUUGUUAGUAAAUACGUUAAAUAUGUUUGAAGAUGAGUGCUAAAACAUACAAAGGCUUAGAAAAAUGUUGUACGGGACUGUUGAGAUAGGUGAUAAACUCUUUGACCAUUUCAGUUGUCAGGAUUUUUUGGGUUUGGCUAAAAGCAUGCUGGCAUGAGUCGGCUCUCCUCCACAAUACAAGUACUGAGUUGCUGUCAUUCCAACAGCGGUUGUCGUAAUUGCGAGUUCGUAAUAAUAACUUGGCCCAUUUCUGCCACGACACUACAGCAGGCACUUAGCCCACGGAACGGUGUUGUAAUAUGUAAUAUCCACAUUUAGCAUUACAAACAAGUAUAUUAAAUACAAUUUAGGGUUUUGAGGAAAGAUGUAUGCAUCUAUUUACAAAUUCUUUUAUAUAAAAAGGCACAUUUAAUUGGGUUACAUUUUCUCCUCCAAUGCAGUGUAUGCUGGUGUGUGCACACCUGACUACAGUAAUAAUAAUAAAAAAGAUAACAGUCAGAAUAGUUUUCAGGAGUCAUAUGACAAUGACGUCAUGUGGAAUGUGGACUCUAUUGUCAGAAAUCAUUGACCCGAAAACAAUUUGAGAGACGCACACGAAUUGCAGAAAAUGCUCCGUUGCCUCUGCACUUGCUGUUUCCUGGAAGAAAACUUCGACAACGAGGUAUGUGUGAAAUUCUAUGCACUAGCAAUGUACUAUUGGCAAAGGGAUCUACUGUAAGUGGGUUUGCUUGAGCUUCCAGGGACAAAGUUUCACAUUUAGCUGCACAAUGACAACUAGUGCAACUAUGUGUUCCAUCCUAACGAGGCACGCUGUACUUGCCUCAAGUAUGGUGUUUUAUUGAAUUCUAUAAUCUCACCGACGCAAGACAGCUUGGAUAAAUAACAAACAUUGGACCAUGCCAAAUGAUGUAUUUUUUUUUUGUCUCAGAUAGUGUAUAUGAUGUGACGUUUUUAUUUAACAGUAAAGUAAAAACUGAAGCUCUUCUACGUCACGGUUUGAGUCCUGUGGUCGACCAAAAAACCCAAAAACGGCAACUAGAUGUUGAUGAAAGGCCUGUCUUCUUCUGUCAAGGUGCCCCUGAGCAAGGCACUGACCCCAACCCCAGCUCAAGAGGUGUAGCACUGUGCGCUCAUUCACUCUGACAUCUCUUCAGCCUCCCUAAAAACUUGUUAAGCCCCCCCCCCCAAAUAUUUGGUAGUAUGUGUUUAUAUUAUAUGAUUCUGUUAGAAUGUGUUGUUGUACAUGCUUUUAUGUUCCUUUAAUAAUGUUAUUGUCUGAAAUUUCAUGCCACUAUCUUGGUCAAGUCUCUCUUGCAAAAGAGAUCGGGUUAAGUAAAGCUUCAUUUAAAAAAACAAAAACUGAUUUGCAUUAUCAGAGGCAGCCUCUCCUGCAGCCCUGUCCACCUCAACUAAAUGGAGCUGAAUCUGCUAGGCUAACACGACCAGCAAACAGCGAUGUGCAGCAGACAGGCAGACUAGUGAUGAGGCGGUUAUGCGUGCCAGAGCUGGAUUUGAGGUUUUCCGAUGUGGCCGAGACCUUCAAUGAGCUGCAAGAACGAUAUGAGUCCAUGGUUCGACACAUCAGAAACCUGCAAAAGAAUUGUGGCUGUACACGUGAUGAUGAUCUGACUAUAUCCGAAUGCGUGGGCAAGAUCAGUGAAGAACACAGAGACAAAUACAAGGUCACACUAAGGAUGAAGGGCUACGACUUCUCCCUCUCUGUGGGUCCCGUGGAGUCAGACGGAGCAGAUAAUGAGAAUUCAGUUCCUCCCGCUCUGCGAAUAGCUCAAGAAGAGCUGAAGUACGCUUCUGAGAACACCAAGGCCGCCAUAUCCAAAGGUACCACUCUUCAAGAGCUGAUUGGCUGGCUACUUCGGAGCAAGGUUAAAAUUGCCGAACAGGUGAAGACGGUCGCGGAGACUUACCAGGAGCAAGGAAGACUAAAUGAGAAUCUGGAAAAGAACAUGAAAGAAGUGAGAAGGGCAAAAGAGUUGUCAGUGAAAUACAAACAACACGCUGGAGAGGUCCUCACCGAGGCAGCUCAGAUAGCAGGUGUUCCUCUGUAGUUCUUGCACAUUUCUUAACUGAAUUCACGGAACAUCACUUUACACAAGUCAAAUAUUGUAUAGGCAGUACUGUGGUGUCUUGACAUACGAGUGACCCAAAUUACAAGUGUUUGAGAUACGAGCCAUCGAUCGGCUGAUUUAAAAAAAAAAAAAAUUUUUGCUCUGUCUUGCGAGUGCAAACUUUAAAUAUGAGUGCUGUGUGGUAGCAGGCGACUCUACUCACUUCAAAACAAGCCACAGUUUGUCAGAUACAAUUCAUAAAUAUUCUUCAAAAAAGAGGCUCUGUCAGAUGGAGGUUACUGUCAAACUAAAAAAAGAGAAUUAAACUUGUAUUUUUUUGUGUGUGUUGUUACCUUCCAAGCAACAGAUAUUUGAACACAAUCAGUGAAACAACUCGUAGAAGGAUAAUAUAACAAUACUCACAGGCAUAUAUGCUUUAUCCCCUGUGAAGAACGAGAAAUAUUACUGCUGUACUGAGAAGCCGAGAGCACCAUGUCUUAUACUGCCAUCAGGUGGCUAAGGCACGCACACCAGAAUGGGCAGCACAAUGUGCAUUGAAGGAGAAUGUGGCACAAAAACUUUCAUUCUUUUUAAUUAUUUAUGUCCACAUUUUUAUGACGACUUUUUAUGUAAGGCUUGAACAGAUAAAUGGCAUUUUUCCAUACAUUUCAAUGGGGAAAUGGUGUUAUGCGUUAACAAGCGUGGUCAUGAAACAAAUUAAACUCGGAACUCAAGGCACCACUGGAUUUACAUUGGAACAUACAAGGUAUUGAUAGACUUUCUUUAUACGUGUGCGGUUGUUAUUCAAACUCUUGUAUUAUGCAUCUUACAAUAAUCAGAGCAAAU